AUGAAAAAGAUCUUGGAGGCAGUUACAAAAGAGAAGCCUAAUGCUGAUACUUUGCAAGCAUUGCAACAAAUUCUCAAAGACAAACUGGACCGUAAGAAAGUUCUGCUUAUUCUGGAUGAUGUUUGGGAAGAUAACAAAAUUAGUGAAUGGGAAAAUUUAAUGGCACCUUUGCGGAGUAUCCAAACAGGAAGCAAGAUCCUGCUGACAACCCGAAUGAGAUCUGUGGCAGAUAUGGUUACAGGUGUGAUGAGAAGUAGAAAGGACUAUUUGCACUUAAAUGGAUUAAAUGAAGAUGAAAAUUGUAUGCUCUUCAAGAAGUGUGCAUUUGGUGGUUUGAAUCCGGAAGAUUAUGCACAUCUCUUGUCAGUUGCUGAAAAAAUAGCAAAAAAGUUUCGAGGCUGUCCUUUGGUUACAAAGAUUGCAGGUGGCCAUCUACGUAGCAAUGUAACUGAUGAGCACUGGAAGAACUUAGAGAGACAAUUAGAACAUUUAGAAGGAAGCACAGAUGUUAUCGUCACAACUGUUCUUCGAUCGAGCAACCAUCAUCUACCUGAACAGUUGCAGCUUUGUUUUAGAUACUGUAGCAUAUUUCCAAAAGGACAGAAGUUUAAGAAGGAAGACAUAGUGAAAAUGUGGAUGGGUUCAGGACUGAUCCUGCAAACUGAAGGUGGGACCAAAAGGCCAGAAGACAUGGGAGAAAGAUAA